AUGAAGAAGAUCUCCAAAUAUGCAGUUCUCUGGGUGGCCAGCAUCCCGGGGACCUGCACUCAGCUACCGCCUGGUUUCAGCAUGUACUUCUCAGGCAUCCAGGAGGACCAUGUCCACAAUCAGCUGCUGCUGCCGCCUGAGGCUACAGCUCCAGAACAAGCCCCGGCCGCUCCCCGGCCGUACCAGGGCGUCCGCGUGAAGGAGCCGGUCAAGGAGCUGCUGAGGAGGAAGCGCGGCCACGCCAGCAGCGGGGCGACGGUGGCACCUACCGCGGUGGUGCUGCCCCAUCAGCCCUUGGCGACCUACACCACAGUGGGCCCUUCCUGCCUUGACAUGGAGGUCUCUGCUUCUACAGUGACGGAAGAGGGGGCCCUGUGUGCCGGCUGGCUAUCCCAACCAGCACCGGCCACCCUCCAGCCCCUGGCGCCGUGGACACCCUACACCGAGUAUGUGUCCCAUGAAGCUGUCAGCUGCCCCUACUCAACUGACAUGUAUGUGCAGCCUGUGUGCCCCAGCUACACAGUUGUGGGGCCCUCCUCGGUGCUGACUUACGCCUCCCCACCUCUCAUCACUAAUGUCACGACGAGAAGCGCCGCCGCGCCCACGGUGGGGCCCCAGCUGGAGGGCCCAGAGCACCAGGCGCCCCUGACCUAUUUCCCGUGGCCUCAGCCCCUUUCCACGCUGCCCACCUCCACCCUGCAGUACCAGCCACCGGCCCCAGCCCUGCCUGGGCCCCAGUUUGUCCAGCUCCCCAUCUCUAUCCCCGAGCCAGUCCUUCAGGACAUGGAAGACCCCAGGAGGGCCGUCAGUUCCCUGACCAUCGACAAGCUGCUUUUGGAGGAGGAGGAGAGCGAUGCCUACGCGCUCAACCACACUCUCUCUGUGGAAGGCUUUUAG